UGUAUUAAUAAAUGAUCAUAGCAGAGUUUUUGUCCUGUCUAGGUUUCCAGCGGACAUUUCUGGAAGUUAUUAUUCCACAAAGGAUCCCAUUACAUGCAACUGGAAAUCUGGAAAGGAUGACCUUUCUUAUCAAUAUAGAUGGGAAGUCGUACAUAGUUCAUCUGAAGCAACAAUCAUUUUUAAGCAAUGAUUUCAGAAUUUAUACAGAUGAUAAUACAAGGACUCCAAAGUAUGCUCUCCCUUCAAUCAAGCGGGAUUGCUACUACCAAGGAUAUGUUGCAGAUUACAUUGAUUCAGCUGUGAUGGUCAGCGCCUGUUCUGGGCUCAGAGGGCUGUUGCAGUUCUCAAACAUCACCUAUGGAAUUGAGCCCUUGGAGUCUGCGCACGGGUUUAAGCACCUCGUUUAUCAAACAAACUACGAUAACUCCAGCUUUCAAGUGUCUACAGAUAAUUAUCACAUUAUGUGGAGUACAACAUUGUUUCAAAAGAGCAACAUAGGAGUUCCGGCUAACUUCAGCACCCAGAGAUACCUGGAAAUGCAUGUUGUUGUGGCCAAGGCUCUGUAUGAGUUUCUGGGUUCGAAAGUAGAAACUGUGACGGAGAAAAUCAUCCAGCUUAUCAACUACAUCAAUGGUAUGUUUUUCAAACUCAACACAAAAGUCAUACUGUCCUCUUUGGAGAUCUGGACGGAAAUGGAUAAAAUCCAUACAACCAAGAGCAUGAAUGAAUUGCUGCAAAGAUUUUCAGAGUGGAAACAGUCUCACCUCAGCCUGCGACCCCACGAUGUAGCAUUCUUGUUUAUCUACAGGAACCAGUCUAAUUCUGUGGGGUCCGCCUAUGCAAGAAAGAUGUGUUUCAGACCCACCUCGGCAGCAGUUGCUGUGUAUAAAAAUGGAUACACAUUGGAGAACUUUUCCGUGAUUGUCGCACAGCUGCUGGGGAUCAGCCUAGGGAUGUACUUUGAUCAGUCGAGAAACUGCCAUUGUCCUGGAUCCACUUGCUUAAUGCAUACUAGAGCAGUGCAGGCCAGCGGUGUGAAGGCCUUCAGCAGCUGCAGUGUGAAAGACUUCCAGAGUUUUCUGGCACAAGGGCAGGGACAGUGCCUCUUGAACAAGCCUCGUCUGGAUCUCCAGUACAGAGCCCCCUCCUGCGGCAAUGGAAUUGUGGAAGAAGGCGAGCAGUGUGACUGCGGCUCCAAUCAGAUAAAGGACAGAGGCACCUUGUGCCGAGGCACACCGGACCCUGACUGUGACCUGAAGGAGUACUGCAAUGGCUCCUCUGCAGAAUGUACGGAGGAUUUUUACGUCCAGAAUGGGCAACUGUGCGAGGGAAACACUGGGGUUUGCAUGAAAGGAGUAUGCCAAAGUCCUGAUCGAUGGUGUCGAAAAGUGUUUGGAAAAGCUUCCAAAAGUGGGCCAUCACAGUGCUAUGAAGAAAUCAACAGCCAGAAAGACCGGAUGGGACACUGCGGCUCCACUGCGAAGGGAUAUCAGACCUGUCAGUGGCAGGAUCUCAGGUGUGGCAAGUUGAUCUGUGAAUAUCCACACAACAAGCCGUUCAUGAUAAAAAAUGCAGCAGUGAUCUAUGCAAGAGUGCAAAGUCGCUGGUGCGUCACGUUAGACUACCAGAAGGGGAUAAAUGUGAAGGAUCCCUUCUUGGUUCAUGAUGGUGCUGGCUGUGGGCAAAACAAGGUAUGCAACAACAAAGGGAACUGCCACUGCCAUCGGAGCUGGGCCCCACCUGAUUGCAAAUCCAGAGAAUCCAGAGGUUUAGGAGGAAGCAUCGACAGCACCUUCCGAAAUGGAUUACGGCCAAUCAAACCUCGCACUGUUAGUAUCAAUACAAGGAACUGGCUGCUGGUGUCCUUCUUUGUGUUCCUGCCUGUCCUCUUGAUCUCCAUCUUCGCGAUUGUGAAAGUGAGAGACUUCUUUUUGUGGCGCAGUGAAGAAGAGCCCAAAGAUGAGAUGGAGGAAGAAGAGGAUGAAGAAAGGUAG